UAGAUAUCAUUCUAGCUAUUGCAUAGAGUUUUCUAAUAUACACCGCUAGUGUUUGUUUGCAAUGUUCGCGACUCGUCUAGAGUCCACGUGCGUGAUCGUUUACGAAUGAGUCGGGAUAUUUUCUCGAAAUAGACGUUUUUGAAGUAGUGACGGCCAGUAAUCGCGGAAACGUUCCCAGUAAGAGUGCUUACAAGGCGACGCACACGGUUCACGCGAGUUCCAAGUGAAACUGCCGUAUCACAAGGCCGGUGCCCAAGCCCUGUUCCGAAAGGUUUGCUUCGUACCGGCUUGGUACCAUCAACCAUCGCAGUCGUGUUUAUUGAUCGAUACCCUUGUUGUCCGAACGAGAAAGCACCGUUAGCACCAUGAAUGCCCCUCCGGAAAUCAAGAAGACCAAGGAAGAAGCCCCGGCUGAACUUGAAAGUCAGAUCAUCUUGCGACUUCCGGGACAGGCCGCCGCUGCGCUGCGGGCAGCCGUGCGGUCGGGCGUCAUGAACCUCAAAGACAGGUUGACCAUCCAGCUGGAACCGGACAAUCGACACGGCACGGUCCGCUUCGACCGCUGGACCCUCUCCGCUCGCGUCGUCGACCUGCCGUCGAUCAUCGAGUCUCACAAGACGUUGGACCGCAAGACCUUCUACAAGACGGCCGACGUGGCGCAGCUGAUGAUCUGCAAAGAAGAGGACGGCACCGAGGAAGAAGAGGCCAAGAAGGCGGCCGCUGCCGAGGACGAGGAAGCGUUGCGCCGCAAAGAACGCAAGGACGCCAAGGACAAGAAGUACCAGUACCCGCACGGCAUCACGCCGUCCCUGAAGAAUGUGCGCAAGCGUCGGUUCCGCAAGGUGCUGAAGAAGAAGUACGUCGACUUCCCGGAGAUUGAGAAGGAAGUGAAGCGACUGUUCCGCACUGACAAUGAGGCUGUUUCAAUCCGCUAUGAGGUGGUCAAUGCCGACGACGACAAGGGCGGAGACGGCAAAGGUGACGGAACCGAAGUGGCCAACGGUGGCUCCGGCGAGCCCCACGUGAGCGGUGGCUUCGGCUCACCCUCUGUAAGCGCGCUGCUCAACAGCAACUCGCAGAGCAUGGACGUUGGCGAGCAUGACCUCUUUGGGGAAGCUUUGAGCAGCUCCGACGAGGACGACGUCAACAUCGUUGACUCAGGCGGCGAGGAAGACCUCUUGCCACGGGCCCCGAAGCAGAGGCACCCAUUGUCUUCAGGCAAACAGGAUGGCGGCUCUUCGCCAGACAUGGUGACGGACUUCCGACGAGGCAUGCUGGCUGCCACUGACAAGAUGGCGUCCAGUGCAAGCGCGGCAGCGACGGCAGCUGCAACCAGUUCUCUGGUUGAGGAGUACGUGGACGACCCAGACUACGGAGAGGACAAGGAAGUGAUCGAUUUUGCCACCAAGAAGCAAGGAGACGACGAUGCCGAUGAGCCGGAGCAGGAUAACUCUGCGCUCCUGAACCGGUUGUCUGAGCUGGAACGAGAGAUCGCUCAGCUGCAAGAGCGAAGGCAGGCACAGGAGCUGGAGAUAGCAUCCAUAGAGAACCAGGCUCUCAAGCAGCGGUUCCAGAACAUUGUCAACUCUCUGAAGAUCGAAGAGAGCGAUAAGCAGAGGGAAUAUGACGAAAUUGUGUCUCGACUUCACCAGUGAUUGCACUGCUGUGUGAGCAGUGUGUACAUACUUUCUUGCCAAUGUAGUGAGAAAUGUUUUGAUAAAUAUUUAUACCUACCUUUA